AUGCGUGGUGCGGGAUCGCGCGAAGAGAGGCACACCUCUGCUGCCGGUGGUCAGCUCAACGCAAAGCAGCUCAACAGCCACAUCUCAAAUGCUGGCAGCACUGACGCACUGCUCACGCUCUUUGAUGCCCACAGCGCGAGCUUGGACCACAUCCACGCUGCGAACCUGUGGAACAAACUGGGCAAGCAGCGCAUCGAGCGGCGGCACGAGGGGCGGCUUGAGCAGCUGGUGCAGCGCACGCUCGACCUCGUCUCCUCGUGGAGCGAGGAGGACCGCCGUCAGCUUCACCAGUGUCAGCUCUGGCUCGCCCUGGAGCGAGGAGCAGACGCGCAGCAGCACCUCCUCUCCGAGUCCCAGCGCAAGCUCUGUCGCGACGCUAUGGUGGCGACCAUAGCUCGGCCGUCAGGCUUGCAGCGCUCCGUCGCGGCUGCCCUCGCCGCCAUCCAGCACGGCUUCGAGGAGGAGCAUCUCGAGCCGCGCACCGGCUACUCGCUCGACCUGGCGCUGCCCUCGUCACGCGUCGCGGUCGAGGUGGACGGCCCGACUCACUUCCUGCUGCCCGACGGCCGGGGCGUGCGCAAAUCCAAUGGGCCAACGCUGCUCAAGCGGCGCCUCCUCGCGGCGGCUGGCUGGAGGGUGACCAGCGUUCCAUUCUACGAGUGGGACGGCUUCGCGACGGCCAAUGAGAGGCACACCUACCUGCAGGGGCUGUUGGGCUACUCUUUUUUCAAUCCUUUUUAA